AUGUCUGAUAGCGAGUCAUUCUCCGAGCGCGAGCCCAAUGCGUUUGACGAGGAGUCAUCGGACGGUCUCUUUGACUCCGACGUUGAAGCGGUAGGGCCUGAUGCCGAGGAGGGGAGCGAUACCGACGUCGAGAUACUCGGCGAAAGGCCUAGCCCAGUUCCCACACAUGGCAUCGGGAAGGGGCUUAUGACCGCUCCGGUACCGUUGUCUAUUGUGUAUAGCGACGGUCGCCACGUGGGGCUUGGCGCUCCAGGGGAGGCAAGCGGUAGCCACCAGCCAGAGGCUUCUACUUCCGGCCGUGGUAAGGCGGCUACCGAACCUUCCGUCCGGCCGAGGGUAUUUGUAGUCUACCCCGGCAAUCCUAGGGUGCCGAUGGGGGUUCCGAAGGAGCUCGUCUUCGGGGUGGAUUACCUGGAGCCCAACAGGAUCACCGAAAGGGAGAUUGCGAAGUUCCGGGCGGAGUAUUUCAUUCCAGAUUCGGUAGGUAUGAGGAUCCCACUUCCUACCGAAUCUCUAAGCAGUCCAAAAGACGGCGAGGUCGUCUUUUUCACGGACGUGCUUCUGCAGGGGGUGAGGCUUCCUCUGCAGCCUGCCGUUCAGAGGAUCCUGGGCGCAGAUCGGCUACGCUCCCGGCCAGUUCAACCCCAACUUCUGGGUGGCGCUGAUGGGGGUAGUCACAGCCUUCGGCAUGGCUGGGGAGGGAGAACCUUCGUACGAGCAGUUCUCCCACCUUUACAGCAUCACGAAAUCAAAGUGUGCCGAUCAUGGGGGCUGGGUCCAGGCCAAUUGUCUGAAGGCUGCCGAGCGUGGUCACUUCGUCAAUGCCGUUCCGACCUCCCAGAAGACCUGGAGGAAACGGCGGGUGCUUUUGUCCGGUGA